UGUCUCAGUUUAAAAUGGUGAAUUACUCCUAUGAUGAAGAUCUUGAGGAAUUGUGUCCAGUAUGUGGAGAUAAAGUCUCUGGGUAUCACUAUGGACUUCUUACCUGUGAAAGCUGCAAGGGCUUUUUUAAACGAACAGUCCAGAACAACAAAAGGUACACGUGCAUAGAAAAUCAAAGCUGCCAGAUUGAUAAAACCCAGAGGAAGCGUUGCCCAUAUUGUCGAUUUCAGAAAUGUCUAAGUGUUGGGAUGAAGCUGGAAGCAGUAAGAGCUGACCGAAUGCGUGGGGGCCGAAACAAAUUUGGACCAAUGUACAAGCGGGACCGGGCACUGAAGCAGCAAAAGAAAGCCCUCAUCCGAGCAAAUGGACUCAAGUUGGAAGCCAUGACUCAGGUGAUCCAAGCGAUGCCCACUGACCUAACAAUAUCCUCUGCAAUCCAGAAUAUCCACUCUGCCUCCAAAGGCCUACCUCUGAACCAUACAGCCUUGCCUCCCACAGACUAUGACAGAAGUCCCUUUGUAACCUCUCCAAUUAGCAUGACAAUGCCACCACAUGGUAGCCUACAAGGGUACCAGACCUACGGUCACUUUCCAAGCCGUGCUAUUAAGUCUGAGUACCCUGACCCUUACACUAGCUCCCCAGAGUCAAUAAUGGGCUACUCAUACAUGGAUGGUUAUCAUCAGACAAGCUCGCCAGCAAGUAUUCCUCACCUGAUAUUGGAACUCUUGAAGUGUGAGCCAGACGAGCCGCAGGUCCAGGCUAAGAUCAUGGCAUACUUGCAGCAAGAGCAAGCCAACAGAAGCAAACACGAAAAGCUCAAUACCUUUGGGCUUAUGUGCAAAAUGGCUGACCAAACCCUUUUCUCGAUUGUCGAGUGGGCCAGGAGUAGCAUUUUCUUCAGAGAACUUAAGGUUGAUGACCAAAUGAAGCUGCUUCAGAACUGCUGGAGCGAACUCUUAAUUCUCGAUCACAUUUAUCGGCAAGUGGUACAUGGGAAAGAAGGCUCCAUCCUUCUUGUCACUGGGCAACAAGUGGAUUACUCAGUAAUAGCAUCACAAGCGGGAGCCACACUCAACAAUCUUAUGAGUCACGCACAAGAGCUAGUAUCAAAACUACGAUCUCUGCAGUUUGAUCUACGAGAGUUCGUGUGUCUCAAAUUUUUGGUGCUAUUCAGUUUAGAUGUCAAAAAUCUAGAGAACUUCCAGCUGGUGGAAGGUGUUCAAGAACAAGUAAACACUGCUUUGCUGGACUACACUAUGUGCAACUACCCGCAGCAGACAGACAAAUUUGGGCAGCUUCUCCUGCGGCUCCCGGAAAUCCGAGCGAUCAGUAUGCAGGCUGAAGAAUACCUCUACUACAAACACCUGAAUGGGGACGUGCCAUGUAAUAACCUCCUCAUUGAAAUGCUGCAUGCAAAAAGAGCAUAA